UUAAUACUAUUACUUUUCAUAAGUCAAAAGUUAAAAAAAACUACUUCUAGAAUUUCCCAAACGGUCCUUAAUCUAACACAAUGAUGUGUAAUUAUGUGGCGUGCUUCCAAAAGCGGUUGUGAAAUUUCCAAGAAGAAUGUGAUUAUUUUAAUGGGAAUUGGAUGAAGGUCUUCGGUAAAGCGGAGAAUGGAAAUUACUAGUUUUACCUUGAUAAAUUUACUAUUUUCUUCUAUAAAUUCAUGUAAAUAUAUAAUAAUUUAAAAUUAAGUAUUUACACCUGUGAAGUAAAGAACAAUAGAGUGGCAUUAGUAGCCAAACCGACAUUUGGAAACAGGAGGCUUAACCGCACGAUGCAACUUUCCUUGUCUCUUCUCUCCAUGCUUCUUCCUCUCUUCUCUGUGAUCUUUGUCUCUUUGACCGGAGUUUUCAUUUGCAUGCACCCAAAUUUCAUCUCUGGUCCUUGAACUUCUCACACCAAUGGAUAAUCAUCAUGAUGAAGAAUCAUUUGACACCGUUAUAGAAGCCAGAGAAGAAUUCAUGGUUUCACCAUCAACGGGUUCAAAUCCAACAAUAAGACUCGCCCACUUUCUCAAACCCACCAUGAGCAAAACCCCAUCACCACGUGACUCUCCACCACUCCCUUCCAAUUCCAACGUUAUAGAAAAUGUUCCAUGUGAAGUAGCGUUCAAUGGGUGGUUACACCCACAACAACAAUGGAAAACAUGGGUUGACUUAAUGAAACCCAAGUACGAACAUGUAUGGGUGCAAGCUGGAAUAGACAAAGCAAUAAUGGCUUCAACAUUCACAAUCAACAAGAACAGUGAAAUGCUUAUUGUUCUUGCAGAGAAGUGGUGUUGUGAGACCAACACAUUCAUAUUUCCGUGGGGAGAAUGCACGGUAACAUUGGAAGACAUGAAGUUAUGUGGGGGUUUCUCUGUUCUUGGGGCUCCUGUUUCUUUGUCUAUUGAGACCGACGAGGAGAAGGAAAUUGAGGCGAAACUCCUCGCUGUGAGGGCAAUGUUCUUCAGAUCAAAAGCAAGAAGGGCUGAUCAUCAUGCGUGGAUGAUGCACUUCAUGGAGAAUGCAAGUAGCCAAGUGGAGCAUGAAGCUUUCUUGGCAUUGUGGUUGUCAAGGUUUGUUUUCGCUUCUAAAUCACAUAGAUCUGUUUUGAAAUGUGUUUUUCCGCUUGCUGUAAAACUAGCCAGAGGAACUAGAGUAGCAUUAGGACCUGCUGUUUUAGCUAGCAUUUAUAGGGACUUGAGAUUGUUGAAUAGUGCUAUCAAGGGUUCAGCAAAGACGAAGAACGGGGGAGUUACUCUCUGGGCUCCUUUUCAGUUGGUAAUUGUGUGGGCUUUAGAGAGGUUUCCGGCACUUCCGCCAAAGCCAAAGAUGGUUGAACCAAGCCAGCCUAUAAUGGCUAGGUGGGAUAGAUUGAAAACAAUGAUUGAUAACAACAAAUUGAGAUCGAUUAUGGAUCCAGCGGGGGUGAAAAAAGACGGCUUUCUUUGGCGCCCGUAUAAGAAUUCUCCACCACUUAAGCUUUAUAAUACAAAGUACUCUUGGGUGUGUGAUAAUCCUGAUUUUCAUAGCGAAUUGGAUUCAUACAUUCGCUGCUUGAGGGUCUCUAAGUUGGUGGGAAUGUCCUGCAUAGAGCAAUACUUCCCAAAUCGUGUUGCUAUGCAAUUUGGUAUGGAUCAGGACAUACCUGAUUGUACAGUUCCUCAUCGCAACAAGGAUCCUUGGAUGGAUUACAUCCGCCCUGUCAUGGAUACAAAUUUAUUAAGUGCAUUGUGUGCCAGACAGCCAGAUGUUACUUUAAGGUACUAUGCUUGGUGGAAGCGACGGAAACUAGGCAAGGAAGAAGGCAUGAAAACGGGAUUAGGGACGGGGAAUUUGUCACGAGUUUCGUCUAGGCAGGUGAAGGGUGCUGGAUCAUAUGAUUCGCCAUCUGGUCUACCUUCUAAGCGAAAGAGAGAUCAAGGGGUUUUUAAUCAAAGGCAUGAGCUUACAAUUGUAGAAAGAUUGAGUACUUCGAGCAACAAUAGAUGUUUUGAGGAUGCAGUUGUUCAAAACAAGAGCACUUUGUCUAGUUCUGAAUCUGUUGACAAUCUUCCCUCACUAGGUGCUGUCUUUCAAGCAUAUGGAAUAAUGAGUAGUGGAGUUCUUAAUUUUGUUGCAAGUGACAAUGUUGUUGGAGGAUCAAACAUUGCUAAUGUAGAAGAUCCUAAAGCAGAAGGGAGCAAAAAAAUUUCCAAUGAAGAUGCAAAAGAAGGCAAACCAAAGGCUCAUAAAUUUUGUGGUACAGUUGAAACUGGUUUCAACAAGGACGGAAAAGGUGCAUGCCAUUGUAUUGGAGAAAUGGCAUCUUAUCUUGAAUACCGGAUUCUGAAGCUUGAAAAAAUGCAUGCCAAGCUCAAACUAGCAAAAUUUACCCCCCAAAAUAUAAAAAAAUUAGAUCCAAGGCAUUCAGUUCCUUAGUAUUUCAGUUGUUAGUAAACACUAAUGUUCCUUUUUGGCUUGUAAAAUCAAGAAUCAACUCUCUGCAUAGUAUUUUGCAAGACGGUUGUGUUAGUGUUAGAUUGACUAUAUAGUCAAUGUAAAUUUUGUUCAACUCUGUAUCACAUGAGAAAUAGAAUAGCUGGUACAAAGGAGUAGUUUAGCAAGUUUGAUAUAUGCUUAAAAAACUCAGUUCAGAAAGGAUUUGAUUUCUCUUUAGUUUUCACACAUCUAAUUGAUUUAUCACCCUUGCCAUUUCCCACUCUCAAUUAAAAAACAAUGAAUCAAACAAAAUAAUCAAAGCAUGCAAAGGCAGAGAAAAUAGUUCACAUUAGUGGAAAGUUGUUAGCAUAAAAAUGAACAGAUAGUAAGAUCAUGGAAGUAGGAUACACUAUUACUAAUACUAUACUAUUAAAUUCUAAUUGUCAACUUCCCUAUCAAUACAACCAUACCAUUAAUAUCAGAAUCUUACUUUCUUGUGGUUAAUUAUGCUAACAGAAUUGUUUCCCACAUGCAAGCUGAGACAUUAAUUGAGCACCAAAGGACUUAAACUCUUACUACCAGUUGUUGAAUCUGAAGCCAAAUGGCAAAGAAACCAUUUACCAUAGACAUCAAUACAAAUGGCUAGAAAAAGCAAAGCUCCAAAGGUAAAAAGGAUCCAUGCCUCAUUAGAAUAUGAGCAAAGUGGGUAGUAGGAGGAUCCCAUCAGAAAAACCCUAAUGAGAAAACCUCCAUAUUUGGUAAUUUGAUGUUGCACAGCUAUGACUCGAAACGCUUCCAUUAUUCACAGGGAAGGCGAUCUUAAGGGCAGUGCUUAGAAAUCAGAGAAUAAGAACACUUAUGCACAAAAUUGGACAUUCAAAUAACAGAAAAUCAAACAAACUUUGGAGUACAGAAUUUAUCUCACAACGGAUUCAAGAACAAUGGAUUGUAAAACACACAAUAAACGAUUUGAGGAUCCCUCAGAUUAUUUUUUUCCUCAAUGGAAUUCGGUCCACUACUUUAAAUAUUAUAAAUCGUCACAGGGAAGCAUUUAUAUGUCAUAAAUCUGCAUUAGAAAUCAACCAAAACUCACCUAAUCUUGGAAUACCAGCCAAAAUAACAUUUUAAAAAAAAAAAAUAAUAAAUAUAUAAGAAAGAAUUAUUAAUAAAAAGCAUGCAA